AUGCACGCACAGAAGACUGAACUGUCUCCUCGCCUCAGCCUGACGUGCCUCCUGGGCACCCUCCUCGUCCUGCUGCUGUACUGGCUCCCUGAGCCGAUCCGGUACGCACGCUGGUGUGCGUCGCAGCCGUUCGAAUGCCUCGCCGUCUCCUCGCUCUCGGGCAGGCCGGCGCUGCCACUCUCGGCGGAGCGCGCGCUGCUCGUGGUGGGAACGCCGUCCUCCGGCACCACCCAGAUGACGAAAGCCUUGCGCGAGCUCGGCCUCCAGGUGGCGCACGAGAACUCCGACUCGAUCGGCACGGUGUGCCGCGACGGCACCGUCUCGUGGAUCCACGGCGCCCUCCGCUUCUCGGAGAUCGGCGACGGCAGCGAGAGGGCGUCGCUGGUGGGUGCGCUGUGCGCGCGGCCUCGGCCAAACUCGCUCGGACCAUGGAGGAUUGACGGCGGCGCGUGGGGGAACGGCCUCUCGUGUGCUGUCCGUGGCACUCCGUGGGGCCCGUGCUGGCAGGCAGAGUGCGAGCGGGUUCUGCGGCGCGAGAUCGGCUGCGCGCGAGGCGGCGGCGGCGGCAGUCCGCGCUGCACCUCUCCCUUCCGCGCCACCCUGCUGCAAGUGCGCCACCCUCUGCACACCAUCGCGUCGAUGCUCGCCGCCUAUUGCCACGGCCAAGACACGGCCGCCGCAGCGGACGCCUCGCUGAUGCUUGACACCGCCGCGCUGCUCUUCCCGCCUCCCGCCGCGCCGCGCUCCCGAGAGGCGGCCCGCGGCAACGAGACGGCGUGCAGGCGGCCUCCGGGCCGGAGGGCGUCUCUGCGUGCCUGCGGCGGUCGUCGGAGGCGACGCCACGCAAAGGCGACGGCCGAGGCCGAGGAGGCGGCGGCGGGCGAGUGCUCCCGGCGGAUCGGAUGGUUCUGGGUGCAAUACAAUGCGCGGAUGCUCUCGCUGCGCCCGCCCCCUCGCGUGUACCGCGUCGAGGCCACGUCGGCGUGCGACGUGCUCCGCUUGGCCGGAGACGAGGCGCGAACACGCCGCGGCGGCGGCGGCCAUGGGCAGACGCACGGCACAGUCAACGUGAGAAACGGGCGAGGAGGCUCGCGCCGGCUGGAGGUGACGCUCGACUCGCUUCGGCGGGCGGACGCUGCUUUGGCGGCGGAGGUGGCGUCGCUCGCCGGCCGCUUCGGCUACAACCUCUCGCUGUUUACCCAUGUGGCACACCGCGAAAGGGGGCCCACAGCGCCCCAAAAUCCACCAGUGUGGGAUUUCGCGCAAUCGCUUGACUCUGAAAAGCUCGCAUAUCCCUGCGUCGAAAUCGACAUGCGAGUCGAUCUUUGGCCCGCGACAAACAGUGCUGCGACCGCGAAGUGGCGGUGGACAUGCUCCCAUGUUGCCGACGCGGCGCCGGAGUGGCCGGCGCUGCUCGCCGCGACCACGACGGCUACUCCGAUGCUCCGGGCCGACCCGUCCUACCCGACGGUGGCACUCUUCCACGUCUCGCUCACGCUGAGAAAAUUUCUGAAACGGCGUGCAGCAUAG